AUGUCUCCCAACAAGUACACGCUGGCUACCCGGCUUACUCUUGCAAAUGGCAAGACGAUCCCCCAGAUCCAGCUGGGCCUGUACAUGAUGUCCGGCCGCGAGGUGACAAAGUCGGUCCCCUGGGCCCUGGCCGCCGGCUACCGCGGCUUCGACUGCGCGCAGAUGUACCACAACGAGCGCGAGGCGGGCAAGGCGAUCCGCGACUUUCUGGCGAGCGGCGAAAACGCCCAGGGCCUGACGCGCGAGGACCUCUUUUACACGACCAAGCUCGCGAGCAGCAGCGCCUCGUACGACGCCGUGCGCCGCUCCAUCAAGCAGUCCGUCGACGUCUCCGGGCUCGGCUACGUCGACCUGUUCCUGCUGCACAGCCCCUACGGCGGAAAGGAGGCGCGCCUGACGAGCUGGAGGGCCGUCGAGGACGCCAUCGACGCCGGCGAGGUGUGCAUGGGCGGCGUCAGCAACUACGGUGUUGCCCACAUCGAGGAGCUCGUGGCCUCGAAGCCGCGCAUCGCCCCCGUCAUCAACCAGAUCGAGGUCCACCCCUUCAACACCCAGACGCACAUCAGGGAGACGUGCGCCAAGCACGGCAUCGCCAUCGAGGCCUACGCGCCGCUGGCCCGCGGCAUGCGCAUGAAGCACCCCAAGAUCCUCGAGCUGGCCAAGAAGUACGGCUGCACCCCGGCCCAGCUCUUCGUCCGCUGGUCGCUGGACCACAACAUGAUCACCCUCCCCAAGAGCGUGCGCCAGGAGCGCCUGAUCGAGAACGCCAAUGUCUCGGGCUUUGAGAUCUCCAAGGAGGAUUUGGCUGCCAUGGACGCGCUGGAUGAGCACCUGGUUACCGACUGGGACCCGACCGAGGCGCCUUGA